CUGUCCGCAGUCACCAUGGUAACAGGACGCCGCGGCUGUGUUGUGUUUUAAACGAGCUCGCAGGAGAAUCGAUUAUUAAUAUUCAUACAAACAUGCUGCUUUGUCAAAGAAGAAGGAAGUGUCGCGAGCUCACGGGACCGACGCCUCACGCCGUGGCUGUGAGAGCGAAGUUCCCGUCCUCGCGCCCUGCAGACCAGCUGACCCUGGACAGACAGAAGCAAGAGGCCUUCAGAGACCAGGUCCUGGACUCCACUCAGAACCAGCGCUCGUGUGACAUCACCGCUUCCUGGCUGCAGAGCUCACAGCUUCGCUUCCUGAGAGGAGCCGUGGACCGCCGAGUCCAGGCCGCUCUGGACCAGCAGGAGGUCCACGUGGCGGAGAGGAGAGACAGGCUUCGUGUCCUGUUGGAGACGGAGGAGCAGCAGCUCCAGCAGGAGAUGGAGGAGAUGAAGGAGACGUCGCUGGAGAAGCAAGCGAAGAUGAGAGGACGAGCUAAAGCGCUGAGAGAGGAGAGAGAGCGAGAGCGCCGGCAGCUGGUCUCCCACAAGCUGGAGCAGCAGUUCAGAGAGCAGUGCGUGGAGCUGCGGGGCGUCCAGAGCCGGCGCACCGAGCAGCAGGUGUGUGAGGAGCGAGCCGCCCAGGUGAGGAGCCGGCAGCGGCAGCGGGAGCAGCAGCAGCAGGAGGAGGAGCUGAUGGAGGAGCUGUGGGAGGCCGACCGGAGGGCCAAAGAGGAGAAGGAGGCGCAGAGGGAGGAGCACCGGCGCCAGAGGAGCAAACAGCAGCUGGACGACAUCAGGAGUCAGAUGGAGGAGGCGGCGCAGCAGAGGAAGAAGCACCGGGAGCUGAGAGACGAGGAGGCGGAGCUUACGCGGCGGCAGCAGGAGGUGCAGCGGCUGCAGGAGCAGCGCGAGCGGCAGCAGGCCCAGCGGGACCGGCUGACCCGGAGGAAGCAGCUGGACCAGGGUCUGCGUCUGAAGAUGAAGCGUCUGUCCAGAGAGCAGCAGGACGAGCUGCAGCUGGACAUGAGCGUCCUGCAGACGCUGCUGCAGCAGGAAGUGGACGAGAGACGGGACGCCGCCGUGAGGAAGGCCGAGUGGCGUGAGGAGCAGCAGAGGUACCGGCAGCAUCUAUCGGAGGAGCUGAAGCAGCAGAGGAGGGAGGAGGAGGAGAUAGAGCAGCUGGUGGAGGAGUCGCUGAAGGAAGUCUGGACCAAACGGGCGGAGCAGAGCCGCCUGCAGAGGGAGGCCAGAAACAGGCUGAUGGAGGAAGUGAUGGAGGCUCGGAGUCUGCAGAUCCAACACAAACUGGACCAGAACCUACAGAAACAAGUGGAGCUAUCCAAAGAAAAAGACCAGUUGGACAAAGUGAUGGAGGAAACGAGGCUGAUGGAGGAGGAGGAGAAAAGGAGGCUGAAGCAGACCUCGCAGGAGUACCAGGCCGCCCUGAAGGCCCAGAUGAAGCAGCAGCAGCAGCUCCGUGGUCAGCAGAGAGCUCGGGCUGAGAUGGAGCACCAGCAGGGUCUGAUCCAGCAGGAGCUGUACGAGCAGAGGAAGGAGGAGAUCCUGUCCAGGCCCACAUCCCACACCUCCUCCUCCUCCUCCUGCCAUCCCUUCAGAGUGGCCUCCAGACGUCGCCUCACAGAGUCAGGACCCUCACAUCUUAUCCACGAAGGAGAUGUACCAACACAUCAGAGUCUGUGAGCCUCUAUUCGCCUCCAUCAGAGCUCACGAGUCACUGGAAUACUGCAUUCAAUAUUCACCUGUUAAACAAUAUAUAAUAAAAAUAUACAAUAUACCUUCUCAAA